UGUUUUUGUUGUUUUGAUAUUUUUCAAGUAUUCAUUAAGAAGUCAAUCUAUUUCUGUUUUCUUGCAACAAAAAAACAUUUUUUAAUAAAAAUAUAUCGAUUUCAAAAGUAAAUUUUCAAAUAUAUCGUUUUAAAAUGGUUUCUUUUACCGAUGCACUUAAUUAUGUUGCGUAUAAAAAUCCAGUGUCUCAGUUCACGAUAGCCGGUAUAAGUCAGCUGGCUAAGGCAUCGGGUUUGCACACAAAACCAUCACAUGCACGAUCGAUUGCAUCAAAAGUGGUGUCAGAUGUGGUUCCAAUUUCAAAGCAGCUGGGUUCGAACUAUCAUUUGAUUCGAGUGGCUGCUUUGAGUGGAGCUGCGGCCGUAUGUUUGGCAGCCUAUGGACGGCAUAGCCUGAAGGAAACAGCUGAAACCAAAGAGUAUCGCCACAUUUAUGAGAGCGCCAAUAACAUGCACUUCAUUCAUUCAGUCGCUCUGCUUGCUACACCUCUCACCAAACGACCACUAAUUACUGGGACACUAUUCAUCUCGGGAAUGCUUUUGUUCAGUGGCACAUGCUAUUACAAGGCAAUCAAAAAGUCAAAAGGCGAAAAUGUCGAGAAUAUUCCAUCACAUUUAGCUCCAUAUGGCGGUGUUUGCUUGAUUCUUGGCUGGCUAAGCAUGCUGUUCUAAACCAUUGAAUUAUUUUUGUGUGUGCAGCAGCUCAAACAAAUUCGUUAUAUUUACUAAAUCAGAAGCGCAUUACGAACAUACUUCCUGUAAAAUAUCAGUGAGAAAAAAAAUCAGAAUCACGUGUGAAUUUAUUAUUUUGAUAAUUAUUAUUUAAUGCAAAUAAACAGGGCUUACCAAAAUAUUUACGAAAAAUCCUGAAAUAUUUAUUUAAUAUUUACGAUAAAUCCAUAGAAAUAUUUACGAAAAGGGUAGAAAUAGCAAAAAUAUUUUCGAAAAAAAAAUUCAAUAAGAAAGAAAUCCCGUAAUGGAAAGUAAAAAAAGAUUCAAUUCUAUGAACUAAAAAUUUUUCUUUCUUCUGAAAAAUGAUUGAAAAUUCACGCAUAAAAGUGGGAAAACACUCUGAAAAUUUAAAAUAUUCAAAAAACAAAUGUCACAUCUAGGAAAUAGGAUUUUCGAAAUUCACUCUAUCUAGAAGAUUUCGUGGCCAAAAAGAAAUGUAAAAGUUUCGUCUUUAAGAAAAAAAAAAAAAGCUUCUAUGAAAUCGACGUUUGAAACUUGAUUUUAUCUAGUAUGAAACAUUGCCAGAAAAUAAGUGGUGCCCGGAGAAACUGCGAGAAAAUCAUAAAUAAGAAUUUAAGCUUAUACCAUCGUGCACCAGUAUGAUGUGUACACAUUUAAGCAUUUCACGUGUAAACGCGAAGACUGGCCAUUCAGAACAUUUUUAAACCAAAUCUAAUGUAUUUGAUAUCUUUUAUCUUUUAUGCAGUUCAUCUUCUGAUCAAUGACAAACUCGAACAGUAAAGUCUGAGAUGAAAUUCUCAUGAAAAAUUCGCAGAAUAUAUGAAAAAUGUACGAAAUAUUUACAAAAAAUGACAAAUCGUCCAAAUAUUUAUUCAUCCCGAAAAACGGCGAAAAUAUUUAUUUAAAUAUUUAUUAUUUAUGUAAAUAUUUUGGUUAGCACUGGCCAUAACGCUUUUUGCUGGAACUCCACAAAAGUUGCAGGUUCCUUUGCCUUUUAGCUCGUUUACUAAUUCACCUGCUUUCACACGAGAAACCCUAUUCUUCUCUUCCAGGGUGAAGAAAAGUUCUUAUGUGAUGCAGUGCAUCUUUACGUGCCCCACAAUAUUUGUCACAAACAUUUGCCCUUCAUACUUCAGUUGGAUUGAAAAGCUCCAAAACUGUAAACAAAAUCAAUUGUUGUUAAUUUAACAAUUUUAAAUUAAAAAUGAAAUAGACAAAAAUUGAAGAGAGUUUUUAUAUUUUUGUUCUGACC